AUGAAAUUCUCAACAGCAGUUUUAGGUUUGGCAGCUCUUUCGAGCAUUUGCAGUUGCCAGGAAUACGAAUUAGAAGAUGGUACCGACCACAGCAACAGACCAUUGAUUCAUUUGACACCUGACAAAGGGUGGAUGAAUGAUCCUAACGGGUUGUGGUAUGACGCCAAAGAUGAGUUGUGGCACGCUUACUACCAGUACUACCCUGAGGUGGCACACUGGGGCAGACCAUUGGCUUGGGGUCAUAGUGUCUCCAGUGACCUAACCAUCUGGAACGACACUGGUGUUGCCAUUAGACCUCAUAGAAAUGACUCUGGUGCUUACUCUGGCUCAAUGGUGAUCGAUUACAACAAUACCUCUGGGUUCUUUAACGGCUCUGUUGAUCCAAGACAGAGAGUUAUUGCUAUGUGGACUUUCGACUCUCCAGGCUCCGAGACUCAACACAUCAGUUAUUCUGUCGACGGAGGUUACACUUUCAUUGAUUACGAGCAAAACCCUGUUCUUGACAUCAACGAGAGCAACUUUAGAGAUCCAAAGGUUACCUGGCAUGAGGAAACUAGCAAAUGGAUUGUAACUAUUGCCCAUUCGCAAAAAUUCGAAAUUCUGAUUUACUCAUCUCCAGACAUGAAGGAUUGGACUCUAGAAUCCUCAUUCUCUCACUCUGGGUUCUUGGCAUUUCAAUACGAAUGUCCAGGUUUGGUAAAGGUGCCAGUUGUUAAAGCUUCUAACAAUGACUAUGUGCCAGCAAAUUUGACUUAUCCAAAUUCUACCACUUAUAAUAGCUCGUACUUCAACACUACCUUCUCUCAAGGCGAUGAAUUAGAAGAGGCUUGGGUUAUGUUCCUUUCAGUCAAUCCAGGUGGCCCAUUGGGUGGUUCUGUCAAUGAAUAUUUCAUUGGUGACUUUAAUGGUACCCAUUUUACUCCAUUCACUCCUCAAACAAGGUUUGUCGAUUUUGGUAAGGACUUUUAUGCUUUCCAAACUUUUUUCAAUACUCCAAACGGUAAGGAUGUAAUUGGUCUAGCAUGGGCUUCUAACUGGCAGUAUUGUGAAGCGGUUCCAACGAGAUCAUGGAGAUCUUCAAUGAGUAUCGCUAGAAACUUUACAAUUCAAGAAUACGCACCAAACCCUGAAUCCGUCGAAUUGAACUUGAACAGUAUGCCUGUGUACGAUCGUGAAAGUUUAAUCGCCAACCAAAGUAGAAUUACUACCCAUAACAGAACUUUGGAAAAGAAUUCAGCUAUUCAUUUGAAUCUAUCAAAUAAUGGAACUGGUGUAUUUGAUUUCAAUCUAACAUGGUCUCUAAACAGUUCUGUUUACACUAAUAGCGAUGUAGCAGAAUUUUCCCUGUACCUAAUUGGUUCAGAUAACUCUGAAGAAUAUUUGAGGAUUGGUUAUGAAGGUAACUCCGGUGCCUUUUUCUUGGAUAGAGGACACUCUGAUGUUGACUUUGUAUCAAGGAAUCCAUUCUUUACCGACAAGUUAUCAACAUAUUUGGAACCAUACGAAACUUUAGAAAAUGGUCUAAAUUCUUACAAGGUUUAUGGUAUUGUUGAUAGAAACUUGAUCGAACUGUUCUUCAACGAUGGUUCGGAAGCAAUGACCAAUCUUUUCUUCUUCAGCGAUGGUAACUACAUCAACGAGGUUGAUAUUAGAACAUCGAUUGAUCAUUGUUACAACAUUGAAGAGUUAUCAAUUCAACAACUUGGAAUUUAA